AUGGUAAGAGGCAAAGUUCAGAUGAGGCGAAUUGAGAACACGACGAGCCGGCAAGUCACCUUCUCGAAGCGCCGUACUGGACUACUGAAGAAAGCUCAUGAGCUCUCAGUCCUCUGCGAUGCCGAAGUUGCCGUGAUCAUCUUUUCACAGAAAGGAAGGCUUCACGAGUUCUCGAGCAAUUCCGAAAUCCGAAAGACUAUUAAUCGAUACCAUACGUCUACAAAUGAUGCGGAAAGGUACCAGGCUAAAAUGGAACAGCAUAUUACGCGUUUGAAGCAAGAAACCAUGGAUAUGGAGAGGAAGAUUGAGCUUCUUGAAGUUUCUCUACGGAAGCUAUCAGGAAAGUGUCUUGGAUCUUGUCCAAUCGAUGAAAUCCAAGAGAUUGGGGAUCAGCUCGAGCAAAGUUUGAACACCAUCAGGGCAAGAAAGGCUCAAUUAUUCCAAGAGCAGAUAGAGCAGUUACAAGCAAAGGAGAAGUCUCUGAAAGAAGAGAAUGAAAAGCUUUUUGCAAAGUGCCAUGCAAAUUCUUGGCAGUCGUCAGCUCAUCUGGAAGCAGCAGCAACACAUAGCCGCAGCAGCCAAAGUUCAGAUGUCGAGACAGAAUUGUUCAUUGGAUUGCCCGAGUUAAACUGA